CCAACUUCCAUAACAGCCACUAUCAUCCUCCUUCACUUCCAUAAGCUCAAGAAAAGCAAGAAUUUUUCACUUAAAAAUUCAAUCUUUAUAACUUCAACACCCAAGAUUUUGUUUUUUCUCUUCUUCUUGGUUUUGUGUUUUUAUAUUGUUUUUGUGUAUAUUUUGUGUAUAAUCAAGAAACCAAAGAGUUAAAGUUUGAAACUUUUUGUAGUUUUUGAACUAUGGCUUCUUUGGUUUCUUCACCAUUUACAUUACCAAACUCAAAAGUAGAACAUCUUUCAUCUAUAUCACAAAAACAUUACUUUCUUCACUCAUUUCUUCCCAAAAAAAACAACCCCACAUUCUUAAAAUCACCAAAAAAGUUCCAAUGUAAUGCUAUUGGUAAUGGUUUGUUUACACAAACAACUCAAGAAGUAAGGAGAAUUAAACCUGAAAAUCUUGAAAAUCUUGCUACUGUUAAGAUUGUUUAUGUUGUGUUAGAAGCUCAGUAUCAAUCAGCUCUUACUGCUGCUGUUCAAACACUAAACAAAAAUGGAAACUUUGCUUCUUUUGAGGUUGUGGGGUACUUAGUUGAGGAACUUAGAGAUGUUGAAACUUAUAAAACUUUUUGUAAAGAUCUUGAGGAUGCAAAUGUAUUUAUUGGGUCAUUGAUCUUUGUGGAAGAAUUAGCUUUGAAAGUUAAGUCUGCUGUUGAAAAAGAAAGGGAUAGGCUUGAUGCAGUUUUGGUGUUUCCAUCUAUGCCUGAAGUUAUGAGGUUGAAUAAGUUAGGAUCUUUUAGUAUGUCUCAAUUGGGACAAUCUAAAAGUCCAUUUUUUCAACUUUUCAAGAAGAAGAAAUCAUCUAAUGCUGGUUUUUCUGAUCAAAUGUUGAAGCUUGUUAGGACUUUACCUAAGGUUUUGAAGUACUUGCCAAGUGAUAAAGCUCAAGAUGCUAGGUUGUACAUAUUGAGUUUGCAGUUUUGGCUUGGAGGUUCACCUGAUAACUUGGUGAAUUUCUUGAAAAUGAUAUCUGGUUCUUAUGUUCCUGCUUUAAAAGGAGCGAAAAUCGAGUAUUCGGACCCUGUUUUGUACUUGGAUAGUGGAAUUUGGCAUCCUUUAGCUCCUUGUAUGUAUGAUGAUGUGAAGGAGUAUUUGAAUUGGUAUGCAACAAGGAGGGAUGCUAAUGAGAAACUUAAGAGUAAUAAUGCUCCUGUUAUUGGGCUAGUUUUGCAAAGGAGUCAUAUUGUUACUGGUGAUGAGAGUCACUAUGUGGCUGUGAUCAUGGAAUUGGAAGCAAGAGGGGCUAAAGUUAUCCCAAUUUUCGCCGGGGGGUUAGAUUUUUCGGGUCCGGUUGAGAGAUAUUUCAUUGAUCCUAUUACCAAAAAGCCUUUUGUGAAUUCAGUAAUAUCACUUACUGGUUUUGCUCUUGUUGGAGGGCCAGCAAGGCAAGACCAUCCAAGGGCUAUUGAGGCUUUGAUGAAGCUUGAUGUGCCUUAUAUUGUGGCAUUGCCUUUGGUUUUCCAAACAACAGAGGAAUGGUUGAACAGCACUUUGGGGUUGCACCCAAUUCAGGUGGCUCUACAAGUUGCUCUACCUGAGCUGGAUGGAGGCAUGGAGCCAAUCGUAUUCGCCGGCCGCGAUCCAAGAACAGGGAAAUCACAUGCUCUUCACAAAAGAGUGGAGCAACUCUGCACCAGGGCAAUCAAAUGGGGAGAAUUAAAGAGAAAAACAAAGGCUGAGAAGAAGUUGGCAAUCACUGUUUUCAGCUUUCCUCCAGACAAAGGCAAUGUCGGAACUGCUGCAUACUUGAAUGUCUUUGCCUCCAUAUACUCUGUGCUCAAAGAUCUCAAGAAAGAUGGCUACAACGUCGAGGGGCUGCCCGAGACUUCUGCAGAACUGAUUGAAGAAGUAAUUCAUGAUAAAGAAGCUCAGUUCAGCAGUCCAAAUCUUAAUGUAGCUUACAAGAUGAACGUCCGAGAAUACAUGAAGCUAACUCCCUAUGCAACUGCUCUUGAAGAAAACUGGGGAAAAGCACCUGGUAAUCUGAACUCUGAUGGAGAAAACCUCUUGGUAUAUGGAAAACAGUACGGAAAUGUCUUUAUCGGUGUCCAGCCCACAUUUGGAUACGAAGGUGACCCAAUGAGACUUCUCUUCUCCAAAUCAGCUAGCCCGCACCACGGUUUUGCUGCAUACUAUUCUUUUGUGGAGAAAAUUUUCAAAGCUGAUGCAGUUCUCCACUUUGGUACUCAUGGUUCUCUUGAGUUCAUGCCCGGGAAACAAGUGGGAAUGAGCGACGCUUGUUUCCCUGAUAGUCUCAUUGGAAACAUUCCAAAUGUCUAUUACUAUGCAGCAAACAAUCCAUCCGAAGCAACCAUUGCCAAACGAAGGAGUUAUGCUAAUACCAUUAGCUACUUGACUCCCCCGGCUGAGAAUGCUGGACUUUACAAGGGACUCAAGCAGCUCAGCGAGCUCAUUGCCUCGUACCAAUCUCUGAAAGACUCAGGCCGUGGCCAACAGAUUGUGAACUCUAUCAUCAGUACAGCUAGACAGUGCAAUCUUGACAAGGACGUUGAUCUUCCAGAAGAAGGACAAGAAAUCGAUGCCAAAGAGCGUGAUAAUGUAGUAGGCAAAGUAUACUCAAAGAUUAUGGAGAUUGAGUCUCGUCUUUUGCCAUGUGGACUUCACAUCAUCGGUGAACCUCCAACCGCCAUGGAGGCAGUUGCUACUCUUGUCAACAUUGCUGCAUUGGACCGUCCUGAAGAUGAUAUUUCUGCCCUUCCAUCUAUAUUGGCUGCCACAGUCGGAAGAAACAUCGAGGAUAUCUACAGAGGAAAUGACAAGGGAAUCUUAAAAGAUGUGGAGCUCCUUCGUCAAAUUACUGAGGCAUCACGUGGAGCAAUAUCAGCAUUUGUUGACCGUUCAACUAAUAACAAGGGUCAAGUCGUGGACACUUCUGAUAAGCUGACCUCGCUUCUUGGUUUUGGUCUUAAUGAACCAUGGAUCCAAUAUUUGUCAAACACUCAAUUCUACAGAGCUGACAGGGAAAAACUCAGAGUUCUAUUCGGGUUCUUGGGAGAGUGUUUGAAGCUAAUUGUGGCUAAUAACGAGGUGGGAAGCUUGAAACAGGCUCUAGAAGGGAAAUAUGUUGAACCAGGUCCUGGAGGGGAUCCAAUCAGAAACCCAAAAGUUUUGCCCACUGGGAAAAACAUCCAUGCUUUGGACCCACAAGCUAUUCCUACAGUAGCAGCACUUCAGAGUGCUAAAAUAGUGGUUGAAAGAUUGUUGGAGAGGCAAAAGGCUGACAACGGCGGCAAGUACCCAGAGACUGUUGCUCUGGUGCUUUGGGGAACCGAUAACAUCAAGACUUAUGGAGAGUCAUUGGCACAGGUUAUGUGGAUGAUUGGUGUAAGGCCAGUUGCAGACGGACUUGGACGGGUUAACAAGGUGGAACCAGUUAGUCUUGAAGAGCUUGGAAGGCCUAGAGUUGAUGUUGUUGUCAACUGCUCUGGGGUAUUCAGAGAUCUCUUCAUCAAUCAGAUGAAUCUCCUUGACCGGGCAGUCAAGAUGGUUGCUGAGCUUGACGAGCCAGAAGACCAGAACUUUGUCAGGAAACAUGCACUAGAACAGGCAAAAACACUCGGAGUUGAUGUUCGUGAAGCAGCUACUAGGGUCUUCUCAAAUGCUUCAGGAUCUUACUCCUCCAACAUCAACCUUGCUGUUGAGAACUCAUCAUGGAACGACGAGAAGCAACUUCAAGACAUGUACUUGAGCCGAAAGUCAUUUGCAUUCGACUCUGAUGCUCCUGGUGCUGGCAUGAUGGAGAAGAGACAAGUUUUCGAGAUGGCUCUUAGCACGGCUGAUGCCACGUUCCAGAACCUCGACUCAUCCGAAAUUUCGCUCACAGAUGUUAGUCACUACUUCGAUUCAGAUCCAACCAACCUUGUGCAAAACCUCAGGAAGGACGGAAAGAAGCCUAGUGCAUACAUUGCUGACACCACUACUGCUAAUGCGCAGGUACGUACGUUGUCUGAGACUGUGAGACUUGAUGCAAGGACAAAGUUGUUGAACCCCAAGUGGUAUGAAGGCAUGCUAUCCACUGGCUACGAGGGAGUUCGUGAGAUUGAGAAACGAUUAACUAACACAGUGGGGUGGAGUGCAACUUCAGGCCAAGUUGACAAUUGGGUGUAUGAAGAAGCAAACACAACCUUCAUCAAAGAUGAGGAGAUGUUGAACAGGCUCAUGAACACAAACCCGAAUUCUUUCAGGAAGUUGCUUCAGACAUUCUUGGAGGCUAAUGGACGUGGAUACUGGGAGACUUCUGAAGAGAACAUUGAGAAACUCAAGCAAUUGUACUCAGAAGUUGAAGACAAGAUUGAAGGAAUAGACCGAUAAAUGUAUAGCAAAAUAAAUUAUCUCUGAUUACUGCCUGAUUCUGUUUCAGGAUAAUCUGCUUCCUAACAAUUUCUGAUGUGAAUUCCUUUGAUAGUCCCCAGUGUAAUUUUUGUUCAUUUUUUGGGGAUGUCUUUCUACUUGUAUGAGAAAAUACUGCUUCCAUAUAUUCAAAUUUGAACUUGAAAGUUGCAA